AUGAAGCCAGGCUCACUAGCUUAUCUUCCUUCCCUCCCAGUUGAGCUGGUCGAGUUGAUUGCAGACUUACUCGAUGCAGAUGGCUUAUUAGCCCUACGUUUAGUCUGUCGUGGGCUUCAGAGGAAAACGUUUCAUCACUUUGCGCAGCGGUUCUUUUCAUCCAUCAAGACCGACCUCUCUGGAGAAAGUCUGCGCCGUAUCAACGCUCUGUCGCAGAAUGUUGCAUUACGUCCUUACGUCAACGGGUUGGCCUUCAUGCUUCAAAAUGGGGUCGGUCGCGGCUUGGUUUGGGACCGACAUCCAUGGGGUCCUAUCUCCGCUCCUCUAGAGGUUGAAGCGAUUCGGUCUCUGCGUGAUAAUCUGGUCCAGAACUUGACUAAUUGUCGAUCAUUCUUUAUUUUUUGUCGAUAUCCAGAGGGUCAUCCGGAUAUGAGCCACGUCACUAUCACGGACGCUGUCGCUGUGUUCUUUGCCCUUGUCGUCGAUGCUCGUCUGCCAGUUUCCUCGUUCCAUCUUAUAUAUGCCAACAAAUACUCGCGCACCUUGAUCAUGGACAUGCGUCGUCUCCCCAAGCUUCUCUAUCGCCAACCCGAGUUCAAGAUUGUGUGGGCCAAUCUACAGAAGCUAUCGUUGGAACAAUAUCUCACGUUGGAUAACUUCGGCUUCCUGCUUGAGCUCGUUCUUAGCGCUCCGAAUCUUCAGACCCUCCUAUUAAACGUCGGCUCCCACGACUUGGCAUCUGAGUUCGUGCAUGAAUUAGCUGAGAGUGCCAGUUUUUCUCAACUACGCGAACUCGGCUUGUUCCGAACCGCCAGGAAGUGA